AUGCCGACUCGCAAAUCAGACGCGCAUAAGGGCGACGUCUCGGCCCUCGCCGCCGGCGCCGAUGACACAUCACAAACAAACAUCGUCGACGACUCUAUCCUGUCGACAGCGACGACGCAAGCGGACCGCGAAAAGUCUAUAACUGAAGGAUCAACGGGCAACAAAAAGGGCAAAGAGACGGCGGCGGUGGAGAACGACAAGAUUACGAUUGAGGACCUGACGUUGCCCAAGUCCAUCAUCACGCGGCUGGCCAAGGGCGUGCUACCGGCCAACACGCAAAUCCAAGCAAACGCAAUUAUGGCGAUGAGCAAGAGCACGACCGUGUUUAUCAGCUAUCUUGCGGCGCAUGCGAAUGAGAUUACGCUCAAUGCGAACAAAAAGACAAUUAUGCCGGCAGAUGUGUUUAAAGCACUAGAGGAAAUUGAGUUUGAUUUCUUAAAGGAGCCGCUUGAGGCUGAAUUUGCGAAAUUCAACGCCAUACAGACGGACAAGCGCAACACCUACCGCCAAAAAGUCAAGGCGGCCACCAAGCCAACCGGCGCCAACGAAGACGAAGACGACACCGACAUGGCUGGCGGCGACACGUCUACCGCUGCUGCUGCUGCUGCUGCUGCUACUGCUGCAACGACCGCUUCGAAAGCGGCGGCGUCAAAUGGUGACGGUGACAAGGCGCCACGGUCGAAAAAGGCGCGCGUGGAUGCGUCGCCCGCGCCGGAGGAGACGACGGACGCCGACGAGGAUGCGGUAGAGGAAACGGAUGAAGAUGAGAAGGAGGAAGAGGAAGAAGAUGAGGAAGAAGAAGAAGAGGAGGACGAGGACGAGGAGGACGAGGAGGACGAGGGUGGAGAAGGGAGGGACAGUAGUGAGGAGACGCAGGAUGCGCUGGAGGAGAGGCCGCAGAGGGAGGAGCCGGACGAGGCGCUAGAUGGCGAUGAGAGUGAUUAG